UUCAGCAGCCAGCAGCACUGAGAGUAGGACAGAACCCGGACCUGGGAGCGCAACAGCAUCACCGCCCUCCAUAGAGCGCUGGGACCAGCUGCAGCAUCUCUGCUCUCCUGUCCUGUCUGAGUCAGAACGCGGUCCUGAUGGAGACACUGACACACUGAUGAUUAAACGAUGCACCAGUCACUCCCGCCGACCAGGUGUUGGAGCAAGGAGGGGGAGCGCCGUUAACCUGACACAAAGUCGCCCCUUAUCUAUGUGCAGUGCGCGCUUCUCCGUGGUCCCGUUUGCAGACGACUGAGAAGAUGCUGAGCCGCCUGAUGAGCAGCAGCGUCAGGAGUCUGGACAGGGAAUGCAACUGCACGGUGAGGCUGCUGGACGACUCGGAGUACACCUGCACGAUCCAGCGGGAUUCCAAAGGACAGUACCUAUUUGACCUCAUCUGCCACCACCUCAACCUCCUGGAGAAAGAUUACUUUGGCAUCAGAUAUGUCGAUCCAGACAAACAAAGACACUGGUUGGAGUUUACAAAAUCUAUUGCCAAGCAAAUGAAGUCCCAGCCACCUUUCACCAUGUGUUUGCGUGUCAAGUUUUAUCCACCAGACCCAGCUGCUCUAAAAGAGGAAAUCACCAGAUAUCUCGUCUUCCUGCAGGUUAAGCGGGACCUCUACCACGGCCGCCUCCUUUGCAAGACAUCAGAUGCAGCUCUGCUGGCUGCCUACAUAUUACAAGCUGAAAUUGGAGAUUAUGAUCCUGGGAAACACCCUGAGGGCUAUAGCUCCAAGUUCCAGUUCUUCCCAAAGCACUCAGAGAAGUUGGAGCGACGAAUUGCUGAGAUUCACAAAACUGAGCUGAUAGGUCAGACUCCUGAAACAUCAGAGCUCAAUUUCUUGCAAAAGGCCCAGACUCUAGAGACGUAUGGAGUGGACCCUCAUCCAUGCAAGGAUGUGUCAGGGAAUCCUGCUUUUCUGGCUUUCACUCCGUUUGGAUUCACUGUGCUACAAGGAAACAGGAGGGUCCAUUUCCUCAAAUGGGAGGAGGUAACCAAACUCAAGUUUGAAGCAAAGACAUUCCAUAUAUAUGCAACUCAGAAUGAGGACAGGAAGAUUAUACUUACUUACUUUGCACCUACACCAGAGGCCUGUAAGCAUCUGUGGAAGUGUGGAGUAGAGAACCAGGCCUUCUAUAAGUUAGAGAAAUCAAGUCAAGUUCGCACUGUUUCCAGUGGCAAUCUCUUCUUCAAGGGUAGUCGCUUCAGAUACAGUGGAAAGGUUGCAAAAGAGGUUAUGGAACAAAGUGCCAGAAUCAAGAGGGAUCCCCCUGAGAUCCACAGGGCUGGCAUGGUUCCCAGCAGGAGUUGUCCAUCUAUUACUCACGGUCCCCGUUUGACCAGCGUGCCGAGAACCCGGAGGAGAGCUGUGCACAUCUCCAUUAUGGAAGGUUUGGAGUCUCUUCGAGACAGUGCCCACUCCACACCAGUGCGCUCCGUCUCCCAUGGCGACUCCUUCAUGUCCAGCCGGGGCCACCUGGAGGACAGCAGUGAGGCCAGCACGUCAGGAGUAAUCUCCGAUGAGACCUACAGCCCCUCGGACAGCGUGCUGCCCACUCCUGUAGCAGAGCAUGGGGUGGAGCUUCCUUCAGCUCGCCACCUCAACGGCUCACCCUGCAGCAUCGAUGAGGAGAAGGAAUCAGAGGCGAGGGCUCUCAAAGAGGGGCAGGCAGGGGAGUUCAGAUCCGGAAGGAGAGCAAUGGGUGAGGUCCGUAGCAGGCCUUCACAAGGUGCUGAUGUAGAGGAUCUUAACAAGUUCAUCCUGAGCGUGCUGCGUCUGUUCCUGGUCACUAUCGGACUGUUGUUCGCCCUGCUGCUGCUGCUCAUCAUGUUGACAGAGUCCGACCUGGACAUCGCCUUCCUGAGAGACAUCCGCAAGACACCUGAGUUCCAGCAGUUUCAUUUUGAGUAUUUCUGCCCUCUCCGGCGCUGGUUCGCCUGUAAGUUGCGAUGGAUGGGUAGUUUUCUCAUUAGCAAAUGAGGUGAAGCAACUGAAGAAAGUACACAACUAAACACAGACCUCCGGUGAUGGACAUGGAAUAUGUGGAAAUAACAGGAGAGAAGGGAGAGGAAGGCAACAGCUUUGAUUAUGUUGGCUCCGCUUCUCCCAGGAAGAAGUUCCUGUCACAAGCCACAGACUGCCAUAAUUAUUAUCUAUGACUAUCACUACAUAUGUAGGGGAAGAAAUCUCACUUUAUUUUAGUGAUUCAGGUCAUUUCAAGGUAUUUUAUUUUCACAAAAAGUCCCAAUAGCAGGGUGGAUCAAAGAUUUGAUCCGGGUCUUUCAGGUUGUGUUUGGUCAGCCAGAGAUCAUAGUUGCCUUUAUUUUUCUAUUCUUUAUACUUUAUAACAUUGCUGUGAGAGAGGUCAACUAGAAUGUUUGUGGUUAUUUCAAUAGGAUAGUUCUGGUGAGAAACAAAAAGGACAGAAAAGCUGAUUAGUUUUGCUCAAAACAACAAAGAUCCAAUCAAAAACAGCACCUUCUAGAAACACUGGCAACACUAAAGAUCCUUUAGCUUUAGCUUAUUUUCAUCCAUAAUCAAAUGUAUGUAUUCAUACAGCAGGGGACAUUUUAUUUUGUAAGAGGAACUUAUUCUUUAGAAAAUCAGCCGUGCCAAAGUUUUUGCCACACUUAUGAUCUAUACGGAAGAAAUGUUAAAAAAAAAUAAAUAAAGCCAAUUUAUUUGUUUAUUUUUUAUUUAAUUUUGAUUGGUGUUUGGAAAGUGUUAAUUUAUAAGCUUCCAGUUUCAGUAGAGAAUGAAAAAAGAGGCAACAAAAGGGCCAAUUUCUCUCUCUGCUCUUGAAAAUGGGAAAGAAAAAAGAACAUGUCACUUAAGAAAUUACAUUAUGCUAAUACAACAAAAUUAUUUAGGGCAUUUUACACACUUUUUAAAGGUUCCUAUACAAGUUGAGAGUUUUGUAAAGGCUUCUUAUGGAAGACAAACCUGUGUGGAUGGAAGGCAAAGUUUAGAAUCAGAAAAUAUUAAAUAGUGAAGGUAGACAAGUUCUUACACAGAUAAUCUGUCUUGGAGCCCAAAAUCUGGCUAUACUCUAUUAAAACAACUACAAAAAAGUUAUUUAUGAUCACUUUAUGACAUGAAGAGUGAUGCAGGUGCUACCCUGUCAGCUAGUUUGAACAAUGUUUUUGUCUGUGUUGCUGUGUCUUUGUCAGGUGUUGUCUCACCUUCAUUUUAGUCUAAACAAUAAAGUAGAAUUAAAGUCAACAAAAUAAAAUAAGCUCUCAUUUAAGAUGUUAUGGUUAUAGGUUAACUGUUAAUUAAAUAAGAGCCAAACAACACAAUCGGUUUCUGUGUGAGAAGUUGGUAUCUUCCUUUACAGUAACUGUAAGGAACUGUGAUGCUGUAGAGCUAGUCAAGUGUUUGUUUAGUUCUCCUCCUAAAAUCUGUAGACAGUUUGUCUUUUUGUGGAGUAAUGUUAAAAAUCUGAAAUCAUUUCUAUUGAGGGAAAUUUGAUUGUAAAAUUCUUAAAUUAGUGCUACUUUCUCAUAUUGUUCAGAGUUAGCUCUUAUGUCAGAAAACCAACAGAAGUGAGACAUUUAAGUUUGUUUGACCCUGCUUUUCUAAUUCAUGCAUUUAUUUGUAAGCCUUAGUUUAUUUAAACUAUGUUCAUUUAUGUAAAAAUCUUUCUGUUUAAAUUAUGGACGCCUCUUCACAGUGGCUGUAAUAUCUUUCUCAACAUUGUUUUCACUUCAACAUUUUUUUAUGCCAAUUAAGAAAUCCUAAUUAUAUUAUUGUUAAUGCCUACACAUCAGUAUGUAUCGCCGUGCUUACCAAAGAAACCUCUGUUGUCUGUAAGAGUGUUUGCAUCAACAGAUGAAGCUCUACUAGUCUGCUGACCUACUUCAGCCUUAUUACUCUGAUUUUUGCAAGCAAACCUAUAAUGUGUCUUUAGUUACCAAAAAACUCCAAACCAUCUCCAUUUGUCAGGUUAUACAGUCAAAUGUUUGUUUUCGGAAAAAAAACUACACCUUUAAAGAGCAGAUUUUUUUACACAUAGAAAUGAAAAUGUAAAUGAAAAAAAAAAUUCCAGCUUUUUAUUUUGUACCUUUAAAACCAAAUGUUUUACUAAUAGCCUUUUAUUUUGUCCACAUCUAACAUCAAUCAUCUAACAACUUCCUGUUUAAUGGCGCUGUGAUUUAUUUCCAAAUUCCACAAUAUUACUUUCUGCAAAGUCAGUUCACAUACUGAUUAAUAUACCUUUACAUUUUUUUUCCUUGGUUGGCGAGGAAGUGAAAUGAUGGCGCGCCUCAAAUAUGUCGCAUCUCCGAGUUGUAUAAUGAGAAUUUUGAAAAAGAUAUGAGGAAGAGAGUAGCGGACCUCCACAAGUCAGGAUCAUAUAUGGGUACAGAGUUUUCAAUGCUUCAUAGCUGAUGUCUUUAUUUUAUCAAACUAUAGGCCAGAAUAAACAGCAUGGCUAUUAGCAACCAUCAUACUUAACAGGAAGGUCUCAGUGCCAGAGAGGAACGUAUUUUGAUUCAAAGCGUGUGUUUCAAUCACAGAUCAAAUCAAGCAAUGGCAGCAUACUGCCAAACAUUAUAGCUUCAAGCAAUC